AUGUCAGAUUCGGAGGACGAUUUCGAGCAAGAGCUUCUGCAGGCCGUUGGUCGCGCCGGCAGAAGCGGAGGCAGAAGCGGCGGGGGAGACGGCGGAAGGAAAGGCGGAGGCGGGGGAGGGAACAGGCGGAGCAGCAAAGGCGGUCGCAGCCGUCGAUCUGGAUUUCGUAGCUCGAGCAGCAGCGAAGAUCAGCCGUCGGAUAACGAGGAUGACGAUGACGAGUACGAGGAUAUCGAGGAGCGGGAGCGCGCAAGAGGCGCGCGGGGAUCCGCCGGCGCGGAAGGGAAAACGGAUACCCGCAGCCGCGGCAACGUGAGCCCUCCGCGGGGAAGCGGUUUCCGCAGCGGUGGCGGCGGCGGAGGCGGGGGGAACCGUGGAGGGGGAAGGGGAAGCGGGUCGGACGAGGAUAGAAGGGCGCGCGGGAGCGGCGGGGGGGAUGGGGAUUCGGAAAGCAGCGGCUUGUCGUUUGGUAGCGAUUUGUACAAGGACGACGACGAUCGCGAACGGUUACAGGCGAUGAACGAAAUCGAUCGCGAGCAGAUUUUGUUCGAGCGCGACGAGAGGCGACGAAGCCACCUGGACAAACGGGAGCUUCGCAAGAAGCUUCGCCAGCAGCAGAAGCUGCACCCGCAGCAGCAGCAGUCGUUUCAACGCACCCAGGAGCGCACGCCGCGCGCAUCUGCGCGAGAGCCGGCGGCUUCCCCCGCAGCCCCGCCGCCGGCGGCCGCAACGGCAGCGACCACGCCAGAACCGGCGGCGCGCGGAGCGCCAGCAUCGGGAUCCGCUCCGGGGUCGGCGGGGGGGCCGUCGUACACGCCGCCGGGAUCGGCGGUGGCGCGCGCGCGGGGGUUCGGCGGCGUGGAGCGGAGCCGCAAAGAGGACGCGCUGCAGCAGCUGGAGGCGAAGAAGGCGGCGAAGCAGCAGCGGCGGAACGAUCUCGACGCGGAUAGGGGCGGGGAUAGGGAUGCUUCCGACGACGGCGGAAGCGACGAUGCUUCCCGCCGCAAGCCGCCCGCGCCCUCGCCCGCAGACGCGAAACCUCCUGCUUCCGCUCCGCCAGUACAAGUUCGAGGGGCGCAUGACGUGCAAGUUCCUGGACUGGACUGCAAGUGCCUUAUGAGUCACCCUUAUCCAUCCCCUCUUGCCCUCCGCCCCCCAUCUGCUCCCUUCUCAUCCCCACCAGUACAAGUUCGAGGGGCGCAUGACGUGCAAGUUCCUGGACUGCAAUACAAGUUUGAGGGGCGCAUGACGUGCAAGUUUCUGGACUGCAAGUGGGGCGAGCACAGGGCGCGCUGGCAGAUGGCACGUGUGUCUGACAAGGCCGCCACCACCCAAGAAAUCCUGCAGCUGUUCCGGGAGAUCGAACGCGCCCACCUGCACAGAGUGACCAAGGCAGCGGUGCAGGAGAAGAAGGCGGAGUUGGAGUCGGUGCGAGGGUAUGUGUACUCGGCAGAGGUGGUGGCCAGCAUGCUAAGGGAGAAGCGAGCAGCGGCGGCGAAACCGAAGCUGGUGGUGAUGGAGAGGGAGAGGGUACGACUGGAUAUAGCCGCUGCUGAGCAGAGAGGGGACCUGGGAGCCGUGGAACAACUCAAGGCGGAGUUGGAGAAGCUGGAGAGGAUAGGGGAGGACAAGGGCGAGGCGAACAAGGGCAGGCGAGAGGUGGAUCUAGCAAGGAUGAACAAGCGCAACCGGCAGGAGAACUUCCGCACCGCCACUAAUGCUCCUGCUGGCGCCACAGAGACCAAGACGGGAGAGGCGGCUGUGGAUCCCUUUAUUCGCCGGUGGACGCGCUCCCAGAACUACUACAAGAGCCCCGCCGCCCCCACUGCUGCCGCUGCUCCCUGGUCUGAUGACGAGGACGAGGGUGCAGGCAAGGACGGGGGAGGGAAGAGUAAGGACGGGAAGGGUAAGGAUGGCAAGGGCGAGAAGGGGAAGGAGGGAAAGGAUGCGGAUGGGAAGGGUGGAGGAGCGGAGGAGGAGAGGGAGAAGGAGAGGGAGAAGGAGCGGGAGAGGCAGCUAGGGAGCUGGUUGGGGCAGCAGUUGGACGAGCGGGCGAAGCAGGUGCUGCGGAAACACGCCUUUGACAUGGACAUAGACCUGAGCGUCGUGGACAAGUGGGGGGGAGCAGGGGCAGCGGCUGCGGCACAGAGAGGGAGUGUGGGGCCCGCAGUGUGGGAGGCGGCAUUUCUGGCGCGCAAGAGGCAGCAGGAGGCGCUGUAUGGGGCUCCGAUUGGUGUGGCUGCUGGGGAGACCCCGCGGGGGCUCAGGUUGUUGACUCUUAGUGUGUAUAAGAGGCGCCGGGGGCUGCCUUGUGACUGA